UCAACACUUGUGUGAACCCCAUUUUAUAUUUGUGUAUGAAGGCCAAAUAUAACAUUUUUCACUAUAAAUACAUUAUACAUGUCAUUGUGUUUCCACCAAAGAAAAUUUGUUAUUCAUUUGGUUGUAACCUUUUAGCUAUAAAAAUACCUGGAAAGCAGCUUGUUUUAUUUCUUUUAAAUUAAUUAAUUUUUUAUUUUAAACAUCAAUAGUUGUAUUGAGAAAUGGCGAAGGUACCAUUAUUGAUUUUGGUAUUCUCAUUGUCAUUGAAUUUUACAUUGUUAGGUUUAGUUUUAGGACAGGAUGAUCCAUGGAAGAGUGUAUUAGACCAAGCAAGCAAGUCAGGUCUAUCUCAAGACAAAGUUAAUGACGCUCUUAGUGGUGUAUCUGCAAAUAAGGGUUCUUGGGAUACAUUAGGUGAUGGAGAUUUGGGUGAUUGGGUUCAACAAAUCAGUGAUUUAGGAACUGGGAUGGGAAGUACUUCAACAGCAGCUUCACCUAGUGAUUCUACAACAUUAGAUAUUGAUGACGAUGUUGAUGACACAUUUAAAAUUAAACCCUCAGCUUCAAAUGCACCUCAAAAAGCACCAACAAGUGCACCUGUAUCUGCACGGAGAACAUCACCAACAGCUGCACCAAAAUUGUCACCAACAAAGGCACCUGAAUGGGCACCAUCGCAAUCUCCCGGUGCAUCACCUCCCAAAGCUUAAAAAUAAUGGUUAACUUAGAUUAAUUGUAUCAUAUAAAAUGAGUACAAAUUAAGUAAAUACUUCUUGUUAACAUCAUCAUUUGAAAUUAAAAUAAUUAAUUAAGGUUUUAAACUAAUAAAUUAUUUUACAUUCAAGAUGAUGGUGGAUAAAUUAUUUAUUGGCUCAGGAUAGCAAGAAUACACUUUAGUUAGAAAAAUUAUUACUUCUCCUAGAAUGUUACUUCUCCAUUAUUUGGAAGGUGAAGAAGCAACAUUAUAUUACUCACAUUUGCUCGUAACCAAUGUAUAUUGGUGUACUAAUAUCAUGCUGCAUUGCUUUUAUGAUGGAGUAUGACAAAAUUGAAAGGAUAAUACUAUUUUAUUAUUAAGUUUAUUUUUGUUCUUUGUACAGUUAAAGUUAAAACCAUCAAUAUUUGAAUUAUUCAUUUGUGAUUUUCUUUUCUAAAAUCUGAAUAAACUUACUCGAUCCGAUCAAGUAUGGAUUAGAUUUUCCAACCUUGUCCUUGAGCACACAUUAAGACUUUAUAUAGGUUGAGCAAACUUCGUGAGUUUGGUAUGACAAUUUGAGCUCAUUCCUUGUUAAGAAUAUCACUAAGAGAGGAAUUUUAGAUACAACACUGCGCAAAUUUGAACACUCUAAAAGAGGAGUGAUGAAAGACACCUAGAAGUUGUUUGUACAAAUGUACAGUAGAGAGAAAUAAGAUUCUGAAGAAAAAUAGAAGCAAAAAACAAGAAAGAAAAGACGAGAAGAUAGAUUAAGCAAAAAGAAAAACCACAGAAAAUUGUUUUAGUCCUCAACGUUUGUAAUGAAUCCUAUUUUCAUUCUUAACAUUUUAAUCGUCUUAUUUUUAUUCAAAAACCUUUAAAAUAGCAUCAAUGUUAUUCCAACAUCAAAUCUCUCACUAAUAAUUAACGAAAUUGAUACACUAUUAAUAAUAUUUUUGUUAAAGCUAGGCUUGCUCAAUUUCCUUCUCCUACCUUCACCCUCCUUACAAGUCUAAAUCCCAUUCUCUUACUCCAUUCUUUUUCUUUAUUUUACACUAUUAAUUUUUCAAGAGGGAUUUGAGGAAGAAAAAGAAGAGAGUAAAAAAAUAGAAUUUGAAUUUGUUGAAAGGACGAAGGUAGGAGAAAAUAAUUGAACAAACGUAGUUUUAACAAAAAUAUUAUUAAUAGUACAUCAAUUUCGUUAAAAUUUCGUUAAGUGUUAGGAAAAGAUUUGAUGGUAGAAUAAUAUUAAUGUCAUUUUAAACGUUUUGAAAUAAAAAUAAGACUAUUAAAACGUUAAAAACUAAAAUAAAAAUCAUCUCAAACGUUGGAAACUAAAAUAUUUUAUCCUCCAAAACAGCUCCUUUAAAUCAUGCUUACCCGGUUACCCCCCACGAUGGAAACUUGGAAAUUUAAUUCGCCAAGGAUGAAGUGGUAAAAUGCCCCCACAAAUGAGGGGCAAAUGUGGAAAAAAACCAUCUCAAGCUUCGAGAACACAGCCAUCAUAACCACACUUGUCUCUCCCACCCGUCAAUCAUGGCUUGAUGCAAAUGGCAGCAAUGUGAAGGCUCCAGUAAUCAAGAAAGGGACAAAUUCAGACAGACUAGCGUGGAAUACAAAGAGUCGUGCCCGAACAUGGAGACACGACUUGAUGUAGCAUAAUCUCUGGGGGGAAAAACAAGGUCGAGGAAAGGUACAUCAAACUAGGAUAGAUAUUUCAUAUUUCCUAAGCAUCCCCAUAUAAGGGGCACUGUUCCGAGCAAUCAGGAGACAAUGUGUCAUGUAGCCUGCAGUCAUAAAGCCAGAGAAUCCUGCCAAAAAAACAGAUCUCUCAUAGUGACCAGAUUUCUCACAUAAAGAGAACAAAUCUCGCCAUUUACGAGAAUUAAUGGCUAAGCCUCAACAAUCACCCAGGUAUAUAAAUGGGGAGCCUAGACGCCCCAUGUACGCAAUAGCCCCACUUGAGUUACGCCAGAGAAUCCUAACUGAUCCAAACAUCCAAACAGAUCUUGUAUUCUCGCGCAUAGUCUCAGCAUCUCGCACUAAACAAUAUAUAUUUGGCAACUCAUGAAAAAUCUUAUAGAAAACUGCAUAAAAUUACCCAAAAUAUACAGCAAUGCUCUGCAGGUAUUCUAAUUUUACAGCAUAAUAUUUUUAACUCCCCUAAACAUACUUUUUCGAAUGCAACAUUUUAAACUUUCAUCCUACAUUACAAAAGCUUAAUGAAAAUCUUGUUCUUGAAAUGAAGCAUCGAAACCAAUAUCCUAAAACAACAACAUAAACCAAAAAUGGACACAGGCUUCCCUUUAAACUGAACCAAAACCUUAUCACGACUGGUAACUACGUAACAAUAAUUUGCUCGUAAGUCCACCAAGUGCCUAGAAGGCCCAAAAUUGUUAUAUGGCGUCAAUUGCGUUGUUACAAUUCUCCCUGAUGAUUUGAUCACACAAUGCUCAUUCCUAUACAAAUAUCAAAGGUUAAAAGCAACGGAAGAAAAGAAUGGGUGAAGUAUUUUUUAUCUCUAACGUUUGCGAUUUUCUUCAAAAAUAUCCCUAACGGUUAACUUCAAUUUUAUCCAUCAAUUUGAGUUGAGUCAAAAACUACCGUGGACGUUUUCAAUUUGUCCUUUUAGAUGAGAGUUAACGUCUAGAA